UCGCGAUGGUUCACCGUUAGAACUUCUCGCUGUAGAUAUUCCUCCGAACCCACAGAACGUGAGGCCGCACACCCAAAGGGUUAUAGCUACGAUGUCCUGAGCCCUAUGCCGCUGCCACAGGAACUGUGGGACGCCAUCAUGCAUUAUCUAGGCAAUGACCGUCCGGCAUUGAAGGCUUGUAGCCUGACAUGUCGAGCAUGGCGACCCACUACUCGGAUGCUUUUCUGGCGUACGGUAUCCGCGGUCAAUGCCGGAGUUCUGUCCAGACUUCAAUCGCUUCUUCGUGGAACUCCGGAUAUUGUCCCUCUGGUCCGCCUGCUGCAUGUCACUAUUCAGGCGGACAGGCUCGCGUGGUUGGCGACGUUCACGCAGUUGGAUACGUUGGUAAUGAGGGAAACAGACGACGAUCCCUUCUUGGGGUCACGCGACCCCUCCGUGCAUUAUCUGCCUGACGUACCGUGGCUGCCGAACUUAACGAGCCUGACUUUGCGCCACGAGGCCUUGACGGUGUCGUCAUUUGUGCAGUUGUUGACUGGCUGUCCUCGCCUUUCAACUCUUGUGGUAGGGCAUUAUGCCACUUACUUGAACGACUUGGGAGACCACGCCGUUGGCUUAUCGCGAACACCGCUCUCGCUGCCGCACCUACGUCGUCUCGAGUCCAAUGGUCAAUCACUCAUACACGCCAUCCCGAUCAUCCUACGCGCGGCAGGCACCGCUCUGGAGUCUUUGAAGCUCGACAUACAAUUGGUUCCUGUACAUGUCCUACUCGGCGUCUUCGACUUCUCACAUAACACACGCCUCACGGACAUGGAAGUCGCCACCCUGUUCUGUGCUACCUACCGUCCCGGGUGGGGUGAUCAGUUGGCCGCGGCGCUGGCAGGAAUCGGUGCUGGGCACACCUCUCUGAAGCAUGUCGCUCUCCGAAUCCCUAGCAUCCACCCAGCUCCUGGACACACGUUGCCCAACCCCUGGGAUGAUCCUGGGGAGUCUCUUGGCCGCGAACUCUCCCGAGUCCUGGAUGGUCUGCCCAAUCUCACCGUUGCAUUUCACCAAUGGAACAGCUUCUCGUCCUUGACGGCCAAUAGUGUGCGAUGUACCCUGGAGCGCGCCUUUCAGCAACGGUUCCCCGGUCUCUACGCUCAUCGCGAGCGUCUGCGCUUUACGUGGGAUCUUUGGCCUGGAGGCAAGGAUGAGGUUUGGGAUGUCGCUUUACUUGACGAACGGAAUGACGCUCAGUAGUACUACUACUCCAUGACUAUGUACUUGACUAUGGUCCCUUGCCAAUGUACUGAGACCCUGCUCUAGAUACUUAGACCGGCCGUACUUACGAGAUUCAGAGAUGAAG